UCCACAUUUUUAAACUUUUCUUUGUUAUUAUUUGAAAAUGAUUCUAAUUUUUGAUAGAAAAAGAAAACCUAAUUAUUUUUAAAACCAAAAAUAUCGGUAAAUUAUAUAAAAAACUUCCAAUAAAAUAAUUUAGAAACUAGGUUACGUCAAAAACAUGAUAAAAUGAUACGAGACUUUUCUAUUCAAAUUAACCAUUUCGGAAUGAUUUUUUUUGGAUUUUUGUCAACUCUUACCUUAUAACUUUUUGAAAAUGUUAUAUUACCAUGAUUAUCAAUGACAGUGACUAUUAACAAAAAUUGAAUUGCCAAGAAAAUGACAGAUAAACAAAAUGUAAAUAUAUCAACAUUCGUAUAAAAAAUAAACUCAUGUUAGAUAUAAAAAUAUUAUCAAUACUUUCGAUAACUUUAAAAAUAUUUCACGAUACCAACGGCGACUGUACAUGGCCAAGCUGCGGUAAUGAAGAAAACGUAGUGUGUCGUCACGGUGGCAAUUGCGACCCCAAAGAAUCAGAUUGCGAACCGGUACCUUUCACAAAUCAACAAAGAAAUAAACUUUUAUCCAUGCACAAUGAAUAUCGAAACGACGUAGCUGGGGGUAAAGACAACCGGGGUGGUGCUAGUGAAGCGGCAAACAUCAUGGUAUUAAACUAUGAUUUCGAUUUGGAAUACGUGGCGUCUUGCACAGCUAAUACAUGCAAAAUGGAACACGAAUCUUGCAGAAAAACCAACAAAUUCUCGUCUGUCGGACAAAAUUUAUACAUGGGAGGAUCGUUGAUGAAUUCCGUUAAAAAGUGGUACGGCGAGAUAGUUUUGAUGACGGCGGAAAAUUUUGAUAACUUGAAAGAUUUUUCGGGGGUAGGGCAUUUUACUCAAAUAGUUUGGGCGGAAACCACUCACGUAGGUUGCGCAGCGGCGCGUAAAGGAAACACAUAUUUAGUAGCUUGUAAUUACGGACCGGCGGGUAAUUUGAUAGGAUCGAAAGUUUAUAUAAAAGGCAAUCCGGCAUCUAAGUGUCCAGAUGGUACUCAAUAUAGUCGAGUGUAUCGCGCUUUAUGCGGUGUCGCUUACAAAUUGACACCCACGGGAAAAGAUUUCGUUGAAAUGAGUCAAGGUUUUAGAUCGCACGAAACAAUAGGUUUAAUAUAUUUGUUUGUAUGUGUUUUAUUUAUUUUGAUAUAAAAAAUAUUUGAAAGGAAA